UAAGAAACAACAAUAUAGUUGCAAAAAACCCAAGUCACAUCCAAGACACCCUAUAUAUUAGCUAUCAUUCAACAGACACCCUAUAUAUUAGCUAUCGUCCAACAUCCUCUCACAAACAUUCAUGCUCUUACUCAAAACUACGAAAGCAUACUUGUCCGUAAAAUUUAUGACCAGCUGCGUUCCUGAAACAGCGUUAACUCAACAAGAACUACUUACUGACCGAGAAAAAAAAAGGGGGGGUCGUUAUCCACUCAGUGGAAGUUGCUUUCUUUUCUAUUGUGUGCUCUCAGGUUGCCCUGGGUUGUUGUACUAGACAGGACAAACGCCCAAGGGCAGGGGUCUUCCAAAACCGAGAAAACCUGUCUCAGACGGUCUGGAAGGAGGAUGGGCGGCGAACCUAUUUCCAGGCUCAGCUCCGCCUCCACUUUUCUAGAAAAAACCGAGCCCGGAAAGAGAGUCUCCUCCGCCAGGAGGCGGCGGGGAGGAUUGCACAACCUCGGGCGGGGGAGCGGCGGAAACCCGAGCCUGCCCGGCCUUGCCUCCCCCGCGCGGCGGCCGGACGACUCACCUUCCCCUCCACCUCCAGGCACAGCCCGUCCGCGACCUCCCGGGUCCUGUGUAAAUGUCGGAGAACAUCUCAUCGUCUGCUCGGAGACAGAGACCAGCCAUCACGUGAGCGCCCAUGCCCUAUAGGAAAAUUUAAAGAAGAAAACACAAACAAGCACAUGUGACUAAUAAAAGAAGCCAGGAAGGGAAGACCAUCAAGUCGGGGUCUGGCGUGCAGUGUGCUCUGACAGGUGAGAUCAUCCUGACCUAUGAGGAGGAAAGUGCUCAGCAGUGAAAGUCACAGCCCACCAAUGAAUCACAACCUACAGUCUGAAAAAUGCAACCUGUGUUGUAUAACCUUUAAGGAUCUUAGAUUCUAAACGUAGAGCUACAAGCAGGAAAUGCCCAGGGAAAUCAUCAAGAAUUAGCCACUUUGGAGUGCUUCAUUGCAAGUGUUGGGAAAGAAGUACCCAGUGUUUUCAGUGUCUGCAGUGGAGACGGUCAAAGCAAGGAAGGAUGAGGAAUAAGCUGCCCUACCAAUGGCAUCUAGCCACCACCAGCUCUUCAUUAGGGAAGCAAGCAGUGGCCAGAAUCCGAAUUUACAUCAAGUGCAUGAGCCCUACAGCAAGAAGGAGAAGAAGCAUCCAGCCAGUGAUGGAACAGUAAUGCCCUGCUCUGUGAUGCUGAACUCACAUGGCAUUCCAGCUAAACUACUUGUUUGUAUUUAAGUGGUGCUUUGUGACUACUUCUUGCCAAUUGUGAUCAGCUGCGGUGGAAGAAAAGGUGUGCCUUCUCUACACAUCUCUUCCUUUUCUACUGAGACCUUGAAUGGCAUGUAUGAAGACUUGUGCAUAACAAGAGAGGCUGAGUCCCUGAAUGAUACUGUGGAGGAGAGAGCCAUUAUUAUUCUGAUGGUGUGGGUGAGAGGGAGCAAAAGUUCAGUCUGUUAAGCCAUUAAGACUUUAAAAUGAUCUUGUAUAAUAGUUAAUUCUGAUUAAUACACAAGCAGACAAACAGCAUCAUUUCAAAUUUCAAUAAGAAUUAUGAAGGAAAUAAAUGCAUAUGGUAAUGGUAAUGGAGAGUAAUCAGAAGUGAUGCUAUUUUCAAAAAGGGCAGUCAUGGAAGGCAUUUCUGAUGAAGUGGCAUUUCAUCUGAGACCUGAAAGAUGAGAAGCAACAGCUCUCAGAAGAGGGAGGGAAGAGCUUUCUGGAUAAAAGAAUUAAUAAAUGCAGGACUCUAUGUGAGAAAACAUUUGACAUAUUGUUCGCAGGAAAAAAGUGGCCAGUGUAGCUGGAACUAGAAGCAUGGUCACAAACUUCCUUUGAAGAUGCAUGAAAAUUCACUGCCUCGGCCAAAUGUUUCUUCCAAGAGGUCCUGCAAAUGUCAAAGUUCUGAAAGGGUGUCUGUUCUAGAAAAUGUACUCGUGGAAAACAAUGCCUUGCCCUGCUCUCCUCCUAGCAAAUGCCCCUGGGCGGGAUGUAAGUGAGGGACAGGGCCACCACGUAAGCUUGGUGAGAGUGGAAGCGAGGCUAGCUCUUGGAAAGAUCUAAGCCAGCAAUUCUGGUGGCUUGGACUGGGUUGGUGACAACAUUGAUGGACAGAAGUGACCAGGUUUGAGAUGCAUUUUAAAGGUAGUGACAGCAGGACAUCCAAAGUGGAUAUCGCCAUAGCAAAGGGAAAAAUUAAUCAUGAAAUCUGAGUUUUCGGUUCAGGCAUGAGCAGAUGAUGGUAAGAUGAUGGUAACAUUUACUAAGAGAAAGACUAGGAAAGGAAUAGCCUUUAGGGACAAAAUUAAGAGAACACCUUAUGUGUGUUAAGUUUGAAAUAGCUAUUUAUACCUAGGAAGAGGAGUCAAAUAGGCUGUUGGUUGUGUGAGUGGCAAACAGAGCAGAGCUAGAGAGAGAAAUUUGCAGUCAUCAGGUGGUACUGAGGACCAUAGGACUUGGUGAGAGAGUAAGCUUUGAGAAAGGAAGAACUUAGGAUAAAGCCUUGCAGUAUUCUGACAUUAGAGAUCUAUUAGAGCCCUCCUCUAGCAAGACCAACGAGAGGAUACCGCCGGCAUGUAGAGCAGCCCCGCCAGAAGUUUAAAGGAGUGGCUCGCGAACGCGAGAUGAACGACGUGUGUGUCUGCGGUUUCCUUCCUCUGUGCCGGUCUAGACGUGGAAAAAUGUUUUCUGAAGGCAAGUCGUUUUUGAAGGGUGUGAUGCUGGGCAGCAUUUUCUGUGCUUUGAUCACUAUGCUAGGACACGUUAAAAUUGGUUUUGAAAACAGAAUGCACCAUCAUGAGCAUCAUCACCUACAAGCUCCUAACAAAGAAGAUACCUUGAGAAUUUCGGAAGACGAACGCGUAUUGCUCAGUAAGAGCUUUCGGGUAUAUUGCAUCAUCCUUGUGAAACCCGAAGAUAUGAGUCUUUGGGCAGCUGUGAAGGAUUCGUGGACCAAACACUGUGACAAAGCAGAGUUCUUCAGUUCUGAAAAUGUUGAAGUGUUUGAGUCGAUUAACAUGGAAACGAAGGACAUGUGGUUAAUGAUGAGGAAAGCUUACAGAUAUGUGUUUGAUAAAUAUAAAGACCAAUACAACUGGUUCUUUCUUGCCUACCCCACUACAUUUGCUAUUAUUGAAAACCUGAAGUAUUUUCUGUUAAAAAAGGAUCCAUCACAGCCUUUCUAUCUAGGCCACACUAUAAAAUCUGGAGACCUUGAAUAUGUGAGUGUGGAAGGAGGAAUUGUCUUAAGCAUGGAAUCCAUGAAGAGACUUAAUAGCCUUCUCAGGAACCCUGAAGAGUGUCCCAAACAGAGAGAGCUGAUUUGGAAGAUAGCUGAAGAUAUGCAGCUAGGGGUCUGUCUGAAGUAUGCGGGAGUGUUUGCAGAAAAUGCAGAAGAUGCUGAUGGAAAAGAUAUGUUUAAUACCAAAUCUAUUAGACUUUUUAUUAAAGAGGCAAUGACUUAUUACCCCAACCAGGUAGUAGAAGGCUGUUGUUCAGAUAUGGCUGUUACUUUUAAUGGACUGACUCCUAAUCAGAUGCAUGUGAUGAUGUAUGGGGUAUACCGUCUUAGGGCAUUUGGCCACGUUUUCAAUGACUCAUUGGUUUUCUUACCUCCAAGUGGUUCUGACAAUGACUGAGAGGUGAACAAGAGCGUGUAUGUGAUCACUGUAUAGGACAUGUGUUGUCGUUAUUUAUAAUGAUGACUACAUAUCCAAUGAAGCAGUUAUGUUUCUUUUCUUUUUCUUUUCUAAUUUGGUGGGACUGGUAUAAUCAUAUAUUAAAGUUGAAUAGUACAUUUUUAAAUUAGAUGGUAUUUUUCUCUUAAAACACAUGAACAUUUUAAGUGUAUUGAAAAAUAAAUGUUUUAAGAAUAAUUUUGCAAAUAAAGGAUAUAUUUAUAAAUGUUAUAUUUAUGUGAUAAAUCCUAAACUGUGAACAUUAAAAGUCUGUGUAACACUUAUUUUUGCUGAUUAAACAAUGUAACAUGUCUUUUUAACUUUCUAAUAUAUGCAAAUGAGAUCCCUACUUGUGAAUUGGUGAUUAAAGUAAAUCUGUCAGCUAUGAAAAAUAAAAAAGACCAAUAGAGAGAAAGAAUCAGUUAAGGAGAGUGAGAAGGGCUGACCGUGACUGACAAUAGUAAGGA